AUGUGGGAGUGGCUGCCAUCGCUGGAACUCCUCGCUGGCGGCGGGAGUGCCACUCGCUUGACUCCACCCUACAUCAGCAGCCUGGACUCUCUUCCGAUGGCCGAAACCGGUGUGGGUGAUGCCCUGCUACCAGCAACCGCUCUUGCUGUGGUCUUGGUCGCCCUUGAUGAGGUCCAACGCAACGACUUGUCGCAAGAAGAGGAGGAGGAUCGUGCGCCCGACCUUCCCCGCCCCAAACUCUCAAGAGGACAGCGAAAGAGGAAAGACGUGGAGAAAUGCGCUUGGGCAAAGAUGUUGGAGGAUAAGGACCUCGAGGACAGCAACAGCAUAACCUCCAAGCAGUUUCGCCUUGACUUUCGCGUCCCCUACAGCUUCUUUCUGCGGCUCGGGGCGUUGGUGAAGAGCAAGGACUGGUUCACCACUUCUGGCUGCGAUGCAGCAGGUCGGCAAAGCCACCAAGUGGAGCACAAGGUACUGGCCUGGCUGACCAUACUCGGCAGGGGCAACUGCUUUGCAAGCAUCUACCAGAUGUCUUGGAUGAGCGGGAAGACCGUGCAGACGAUGUUCCACAAGUUCCGCAAGCACUUCGCACGGGAAAUGUACGAUGAACACAUCUACCUCCCGUCGGAACAGAACGGCGAGCUGGACCACGUCAUGGAGCAGUGUGACCGGCUUGGGUUUUUGGGCGCGAUGAGCUCCAUGGGCGUCACGGUUAAUCACGCUGGCCGUGCAAUUGUCGUGACCGAGGGCUUCACUGGCUCGACGAACGACAAGACCAUCAUCUGCUGGGAUGCCGCGGUCGAGAAGAUUCGGACGGACAAGCAGUACCCGAAGCAGACCUUCGACGUGUACAACGAGGAUGGCACGACGACAACGCUCAAGGGGUGCUACUUGCUAGUCGACAACGGGUACCACAAGGAUCCUGAGCUCGCCAUGGCGUACCACGAGCAGGAGCGCAUCGACAACGUGUUCUUAACGUGCUGCAUCUUGCAUAACACGCUGCACACCUUCGACAGAAUGGACCAGCUGGUGGAGAACACGCUCUGGGCCAGCAGUGCCGGGGCGGGGACUGGGGUGGCGACCGAGCAGGAGGCGGACUCUAGCUCUAUUGGGGCUAAGGACACCAACGACAAAGAGCAAGUAGAGAAAGGGCACGGGGAGCGCAAGAGGAAGCUUACUACGAGCUUCGCGUACCGCAUGAAGCACAAGAAGGACAUUGUCUGGCUUUCUAGGUGAUCGACUCCGGUGUACUGUAGAGCUUUGCAUAGUGUCAAUGUUGCGCCCCACCUUGUCUUACACAAACCGCUGCAGCACCGUGUGACUUGUGUGGUGCUCGGGUGAACAUUUUCUGGUAGCGUGUGUGACUUUUUUUUGGGUACAUGGUACGGCAGCAAUGGAUUUUAUUUUCAUUCCCACUCCACCCCCCCUUCCCCGUUCCCUGUACCCACCACGUGUGUUUUGGUU